GUCCGCCGCCCGCUUGGGGUGGUGGCCUCGAUUGUUCCGUUCAACUUCCCGGCCAUGGUGCCUCUGUGGACGCUGCCCAUUGCCAUCGGAUGCGGCAACUGCCUGAUCAUCAAGCCGUCUGAGAAGGUCCCCCUGACCUUGAUGCGCAUGGCCGAGUUGCUGAUGGAUGCCGGCCUUCCGAAGGGAGUGUUUUCGAUCGUCCACGGUUCUCAAACGGUUGCGAAGGCGCUUGCAGAGCAUCCGGGGAUCGCUGCGAUCUCCUUCGUUGGCAGCUCUCGCGUCGCCGACAUCAUUGACAAGACGGCACGCAGCACUGGGAAGCGAUCCUUGUGCAUGGGUGGCGCGAAGAACCAUCUCAUUGCCAUGCCAGACUGCGAUGAGGACAUGACCAUCUCGGACAUCAUGAACUCGGCCUUCGGCUCGGCAGGGCAGCGCUGCAUGGCGGCCUCGGUGCUUCUGGUCGUGGGCAAAGGACGGAAAGACUUCCUGGACAAGCUUGUGGCCAAGGCCAAAUCCCUCAAGGGUGGCCAGAAGCCCGGGGAGAUCGGCCCUGUCAUUGACACAGCGGCCAUGGCGCGUCUCAGUGGGUACCUGGCAGCCUGCGAGGGGCACGGUGCCAAGAUCUUGCUGGACGGGCGUCGCUGGCAGGUGGCCACGCGCGGUUUCUGGUUCGGCCCCAGCGUGCUGCUUCACCAGUCGGCGCAGGAGCCGGCGAUGAAGGACGAGAUCUUCGGGCCCGUCCUCUCCGUCCUCGAGGUCGACACGUUGGAGGAGGCCAUCGCCAUCGAGAACGCAAACCCGUACGGGAACGCGGCUGCCAUUUACACCAUGUCUGGCCAGACCGCCCUCGAGACGGAAAAGCUCAAUGCUGGCAUGAUUGGUGUCAACAUUGGCGUGCCGGUGCCCAGGGAGCCGUCGGAAGCUCAGGGCGACGCUGUUUUGGGAGAUUCGUGUCGCUUUCAUAAUAUUCGUGGGGUCUUGCAGGAUGUGUUGUCAGGGCCUUGA